UUUGCAAGGCAUAUAAAUGGCUCUAUUCAUUUGAUUAAGUACAAAACUUAUGUUUAUAUAAGUGUAAGCAAAAGCACGAAUUCAUCUCCCUCAGUUUUCAGGGAUGAACUAUUGAUUUGAGAGUGACUUCUUUGUCCACUAGUUUAAUCUUCCUGUUUAUACAUAGUAGAUUUUGGCUGCUGGCCCUUAGACGAAUCUUGAAGAAAUAAUGGCAGGUGGAGCAUUUGCAGAUACAGGAAACCUUAAAAGGGCUCAUCUUUAUGAAUAUAGAAUCACAGGUUAUUUCAUUUUUGCUUGCGUUAUUGCAGCUUCAGGGGGAUCCCUUUUUGGAUAUGAUCUCGGUGUUUCAGGUGGAGUCACUUCCAUGGACGAUUUCUUGAAGGAAUUCUUCCCGUCUGUGUAUGAGAAAAAACAUGCACAUCUUCACGAGACAGAUUACUGUAAAUAUGAUAACCAAAUCCUCACACUAUUUACUUCUUCGCUGUACUUUGCGGCCCUUAUUGCCACAUUCGGAGCCUCAUAUGUAACCAGAACUAGAGGUCGGAGAGCUAGUAUCCUCGUUGGAUCGACCAGCUUCUUCAUUGGAGCAGUAGUCAAUGCUUUUGCAAAGAACAUUGCAAUGUUGAUCAUAGGGCGAUGUUUUCUUGGUGGAGGAAUUGGAUUUGGCAACCAGGCCGUUCCCUUGUAUCUUUCAGAAAUGGCUCCUGCAAAGAUCCGAGGAGCAGUUAACCAACUUUUUCAACUAACAACCUGUUUGGGAAUCCUGGUCGCAAACUUUAUAAAUUAUGGAACUGCAAAGAUUCAUCCAUGGGGAUGGAGGUUAUCUCUUGGUUUAGCUACUCUUCCUGCUACUGUAAUGUUCGUUGGGGGUAUUUUCCUUCCUGAGACCCCUAACAGUCUUAUAGAACAAGGAAGGCUAGAAGAAGGAAGAAGAAUACUGGAGAGAGUUAGAGGUACCACACAAGUUGAUGCUGAGUUUGAUGAUCUUGUCGAUGCAAGUAAUGCAGCACGAGCGAUAAAGAACCCUUUCAAGAAUCUUCUGAAACGCAAGAAUCGUCCACAGUUGGUGAUUGGGGCUUUGGGAAUUCCAGCAUUCCAACAACUCACUGGCAAUAACUCUAUACUGUUCUAUGCUCCAGUCAUUUUUCAGAGCUUGGGUUUCAGCAAUGAUGCAGCUUUAUAUUCAGCUGUGAUUACCAAUGCAGCAUUAGUUGUUGGUGCUCUAAUGUCCAUGGCUUUCGUGGACAAAUUUGGCAGAAGAGCAUUCUUUUUGGAGGCUGGGGCUGAGAUGUUCAUCGUCAUGGUGGCUGUGGGCAUAACUUUGGCCGUGGAUUUUGGAUAUGGGAAACCAAUCCCAAAAGGAACUGGCGUCUUCCUUGUGGUUGUCAUUUGUUUGUUUGUCCUGGCUUAUGGACGAUCUUGGGGUCCUCUUGGCUGGCUAGUUCCAAGCGAGAUCUUCCCCUUGGAGACACGGUCGGCCGGCCAGAGUAUGGUGGUCUGUGUUAACAUGAUCUUCACUGCUUUGGUAGCACAAUGCUUCCUAGUGUCGCUUUGUCACCUUAAAUAUGGAAUCUUCUUGCUGUUUGCUGGCUUGAUUUUAAUCAUGACCGCCUUUAUCUUCUUUCUCUUGCCCGAAACGAAGCAAGUCCCAAUUGAGGAGAUAUAUCUUCUCUGGCAAAAUCACUGGUUCUGGAGUAAAAUAGUGCCAGAACAAGGGAAGUUGUCACAAGUCUAAAAUAUUCUGAAAUGGAGAAACACAUUGCUCUAGUUCAUUUUCCAGGAAUCGUUCUAUUAUGUAUUUUAAUACAUAUGAUAAUAAUUUUGAGCCGUGCAAUCUCGUAAUGAUAAUAUAAAUUUU